AUGGUCAUUCUCAGAGGACUGCGUUUCGAUACUCUUUGUCACAUUUUGACCUAUGCAAAUGUGCAUGCGGGCUCCACAGUUCUUUUGGCCGAAACAUGUGCGGGCCUGAUUCUUGGCGCUGUGUUGGAGCGGUUAGGUCCGGCAGAAUUCGGUGGCUCAGUCAUACAAUUCUUUCAUGGAUCGGCACCUCCCCGUCCGGAGAUGAAUCCAGUCGCGGCCGAUGCCUAUGAAGCACAGGUACACUCAGUUGCGUAUCGUGAUGUGAUUCCUUUGUUGACCAAUGGGUCUGUCCUUCUCAAUGCUCCAUCCACAGCUGUUCCGGAAGAACAAUCCAUGUGUGAUGAAAACUUCCGAACAACGAUGUUGAAUGGUUGUAUGUUUUCUUAA